UUCGACUCGUGGCGACGAGCUAUCUCGGCCCGAGGCAUCACCCCUCACGUCAAUCGAGACAUUGGCAAAGACUUGAUAACAAUGGAUGUCAUCCUUUUGUCAUAAGCUACGUUAUAACCACAUAAUAAUUAAUCCACUUCGUGUUGUAACCCCCUCCUGUCACGCGUUUGGUUUGACAUCUAUGAGCUCACGGUCGCGACGCGGGUAAGUAACUUGACCAUAACAACGACGAUAUCUCAUACUAAGAGCCCCCAGUUGCUGGACUUGUAAAAGAAGACACAAGAAAUGUGACGAGAAACGACCCGUCUGUGAUAGAUGUGUCCAAGCGGGCAUGACCUGCGAGGGUUACAAAACACGAUUGACAUGGGGCUCUUCAGACACUGCAAGCUCAGCAGGGGGUGGUAUAGUCUUGAAACCAAUUCGUCCACCACGCCAGAAGAGUAAAUCUCUGCGUAAUAGAAGGGUAAGCCCCGCUGUUGAGACCGUGGGAGACCCGCUGGUGGACUUGCCCGACUUUUCGUCAAUGCAGUCGCCAGAUGAACUGGAUCUGCUUUGCUUGCAAUUCGAAUCAUUAUCAGAAGGUUUACCAGACGAGGAAGUCUCACAGAAGCUUAUGAACACUUUUACUACCAUCGGAUACCAGACGCUCACAGGUCGUGCCGGACAUGAUACCACGUUUAAAUCUGACAUUUUACCACUUUGUGAAGAUAGUAUCUGUCUAAAGCACGCUUGCUUAGCGUAUCAGGCAAGUCUUGAUGUUGAUACCAGUCAUUUAACACCUCUCUACAUGCAAUCGGCUCUUUCAAACUAUCUCAAUGACUUGGAAAAUCCAAGCAUGUUGUGCCAGGAUGUCACUUUGGCAACGGGGGUCUUAUUAUGCAGCGUUAGCAUAAACUCACUAUAUAUCUGGUCACCCCUGCUGAAAGGUCUUCACGGAGUCCUCCAAGCACGUGAGCUGUUGAAUGAUCCACAGAGACCCCCCGUGGCAAACCAUCUCCUUGAAGCUGUCGGGCUAUUAGAUAUACCGUUCUUCACUCUGAACAGGAUUACACCGUCACUAGAAAUAUGGAAAUCCUAUGUCCAACCACACAAACACUCCGGUAUUGAGCAAGUGUCAGGGAUACCUUAUAGUCUGAUGAAUUUGCUAGCGAACAUGGACUCUACCACCAUCGAACAAGAUCUGUUGCAGUGGCCCGGAGAACUUGGCGAUGAGUUCGCACAGAUCCACCUCUGGGAAGCGUUUCGACUCGCCGGUAUUCUUCACAGCCGCUGUCUGGCUGACCAUCCCCAAGAUCAAACAAAUCCACCGACAGCCAAGGUUAGCACCGAAAUAUUACGCAUGAAGGUAUUUGCAUCGAUUCAAGCGAUCAUCGGAAUCGGAACGUUCAACUUUCGACUCUCACUCGCCAGGGCCAUAUUAUACCCUCUUUUCAUAGCUGGCAUUUUAGCCGAGAAUGCCCAAGAACAGCAGCUGACCCGUGUGGCCUUCCAAUACAUAAUGCAAAAGGGACAAGAGGGAACGGAGCAGAUAAUAUUGGAUAUUGUGGCAAAAGUUUGGAAGAAUGGGAAAGGUGGCAACGAAGCGUCUAAGUUGAUGAUAGCUACUGAGGCUACGGGGGAGCUGAAUGCUGAGAUUCAUCUCUACUAAAGUUUCGUAAUAAGAGCGCUUCAGAGCCUAAACCCAAUGAUGCAUUCAUAUCUGCACGGGCUCAACAUACCUUGAUGAAUAACAGCAAAGGUCACAAAGAUCAGGAUGCUAGAGUGAAGAAUGCGGAGAUCAUAUUGAGCUGCCCCUAUGGUAUCAGCUAAGCUAAGACUGCUUCCUUGAUUCCGAUAGCAUCAGCGACUACUGGUUCGGCCUUGAUAUCCUCACUAAACUCACGAGGUCUGUCCUCAAAAGUCCCCAUCUUAUCCCUCUUACAGGCAAGGUUGUCAAUAGCCAGUAUGAGCUCUUCCAGCACACCCAUAUCAAGAAUCUUCUGCAUACGAGAAUACUUUCGCACAUUCUCAUCUUCAGCUUCCGUAACGACUUUGCUAGUCCCGUCUGGUCCAAACCUCAUCCAUUGAUCACCAUCGGUGACUCGAGGCCAUGGAUCUUUGCCGUAGGAGUAAUCGAUAAAGCUACCAGCCAUAGUUCUUGCAAGUUUUUGCUGGCCUGGAGUCAGUCUCUCGUCGAAAUUGAGAAAGACAUAUAGUAGAUCGAGUGCGUGGUAGGCUUGACCCUUGUAUAUGCUAUCAUGAGUGCACACCUGGUCGAAGUGAUAACCAAAGGUUUGCGGAAUAUCUGAACGGUGAACAGCGAUCCAGUUGUGGAUUUUGAAGACUGAAUCGCCUGUCAUGUCUUCGAGGGCUUUCAGAAGCUCCUCUUUCGAGAGAUCAGGAGUGACACCAUAGAGAUCAAGGAUCUCAUCAGUAGCCUUUUCACUCAAGAACUUAUUCAUGCCAGUUCUCCAAGAGUCAAAGGUCUCCUCAGCAAGAUCCUCAGUGAAAAUCAUCGCCUCGUCAGUGGUAUCUCCAACCAUGUAGCUCUUAAGCCACGCCGGAGGUGAAGUGAUACCGUUGGCGGUAGGUUUCGUCUUGUGGAAAACACCAUCGUCGCAUGGAUUGCCCGUGGCGUUGAGGAGGCCCUCCACUGGGAUCGUUGCAGCAGCGACGACAGCCUCAGGGACGUUUCGAAGCUGAU